AUGUGGAAACCGCCGAACACCGCUCACCAGAGGAAGACGACCCAGAUAGAAGAGGUUCCGGCCCCGGCUGUCUCGGCUACCGUCCCCUUGGAAGAAGACGAAUUGGACGAGCCUGACACAGCCAUCUGUGUCACCCCGUCCAAUCGGCCUCCUGCACCUACUCCUACUCAAGCGCUUCUGGACGUGUCGCCGAUCCUGUCAACGACACCCGUUGAGGCGCAGGCCCGGAAGGAGCCAGUUGUGAAGAGGAGGAAGGCGAACACUCCCCCGAGUGCAACUCCACCCAAGCCAACUCGCCCCUCUGAACCGCCGCAGCCGGAGACAGAACCAGAGGGGUGGUGGCCACUGCAGGCCGGCCGUCUCCAAUAG